AUGAUUGCCAACGAUAGUAACGUAACAAUGCCACGUAUUGAAUGGCUUCCCGGUUUACAAUUAGCAGCUUGUAUUUUUUAUAGUAUUAUACUUUUGGUGGGUGUUACCGGUAAUAUUCUCGUUAUUGUUAUUGUGAUGAAAUAUCGACAUAUGCGCAAUGCAACUAAUUUUAUGUUGACAAAUUUAUCUGUUGCCGAUCUAUUUCUUCUAUUAUUUUGCACAGCUGACGGUUAUCAACAUUUGUAUGGAAAAGAUAAGCACCGUUUAGGCAAAUUCAUGUGUCGAUUCAGUCCAUUUGUUCAAAAUGUUACAGCCACAUGUUCUGUUUUAACUAUUAUGGCAAUCAGUUAUGAGAGAUUCGUUGCAAUUUGUAAACCAUUAAAAACAUCUCCACACCCAACCUUAUUUCAAACCAUACCAACAGUUGCUCUCUUUUGGCUUAUCUCUUGUAUAAUUUCAAGCCCUUUUUUUAUAUUCACAAAGACAUAUAUAAUGGAAUCAACUUACAAUGAAAUUAUUGUUGCCUGUUUCACACAAUUUCCGUUUUCAUGGGCAACUUGGUAUCUUAUACCAUGCACCUUAAUUAUUUACUUGAUCAUUUUAAUUCUACUUUGUUACUGGAAUUAUUCUAUUUGUCGUAUACUUUUUAAUCGUGAAGCUCUUUUACGUGACAAUACAAUUGUAACACGUUAUCGCCGACAAGUAGCUCGAUUACUCAUUGCUUUAAUUGUUUCAUUUUUCGUACUAAUUUUACCGCAUAAAAUUUGGGCUAUCAUUCAGCCACAAUUGAGUCUGGAUCAAUUUCAUCGGCUUGGAUUUCAUCGCCAUUCAUUUCUUAUCAUCGCUACGCGUUCUUUACUUUAUUUGAAUUCCACUAUCAAUCCAUUACUUUAUUCCAUCAUGUCAACAAAAUUUCGUCUAAGCUUCACUAGUCUUUAUCAGGGAUGUUAUGCGCCAUCAACAAAUCAGCGCACAUCAACUGUACUAUCUUGUAAAGAAUAUUCAAAGCGACCAAUGUUAACCAGUACGAAUAGAGAUUAUCUUGGCGGUAGAGUAUCAACAACAAGUGGAUUGGCAUAUUAUCCAACAAAAAUUGCACAAAUUCAAGAGAAAAAAAUGCUUCUGAACGAUAAUACUCCAACACCAAUGACAGCAACAACAAUCGAUGAAACAAAAUUUACUUUUCCAGAUGAAAACAAAAAUUAA